CCACCCCCUCCCUCCCUCCUCCCCCGCCCGCUUCCGCCCGGCUUAUUAUCCUCCUUAUUGACAAACAGCGGCUGCGGCGGCGACUCUCGGCGUGCGUUUGUAGCCAAGUCAUGGGAGACAAGAAGAGCCCCACCAGGCCGAAGCGGCAGCCGAAGCCGUCCUCGGAUGAGGGUUACUGGGACUGUAGCGUCUGCACCUUCCGGAACAGCGCCGAGGCCUUCAAGUGCAUGAUGUGCGAUGUGCGGAAGGGCACCUCCACCCGAGAAGAAAAAGCUGGAUCACUUACCAGUAACUGGAGUUCUCCUAUUGGGUAAUCUCCACAGAUCCACAUUCUUUGAAGUUAUUGUGAAUGCCUCGUGGACCAUGGGACUGUUGAAAUUUCCAAUUUCAGGAAGGAAGCCUCGACCUGUCUCCCAGUUGGUUGCACAGCAGGUUACUCAGCAGUUUGUACCCCCUACACAGUCAAAGAAAGAGAAAAAAGACAAAGUAGAAAAAGAAAAAAGUGAAAAGGAAACAACUAGCAAAAAGAACAGUCAUAAGAAAACCAGGCCAAGAUUGAAAAAUGUGGAUCGGAGUAGUGCUCAACACUUGGAAGUUACCGUUGGAGAUCUGACAGUCAUUAUUACAGACUUUAAGGAGAAAACGAAGUCACCGCCUGCAUCUAGUGCUGCCUCUGCAGAUCAACACAGUCAGAGUGGCUCCAGCUCUGAUAACACAGAGAGGGGAAUGUCCAGGUCAUCUUCACCCAGAGGAGAAGCCUCGUCACUGAAUGGAGAAUCUCAUUAAAGUUUAUUUUCUCCAGUCUCCGUCACUUCUGUCAUACCAUGCAAAUACACGGAUUAUGCCAAGAAGUACCACAUUUUCAUGACAAACAUAUUCAUGCACAAUCCAUGAUUUGCGUUUUAAUUAAAAUAGAAAUUUGUUAGAAUUCGUUAGAUUUUAAUUGCAAUCUGUGCCUACCAAACAUUUCCAGACUUAAUGUUUUGGUCUCCACAGUUAAAGAUGCCAUGAAAAUGUGGUUGAGUUAUUCAUUAUGCAGUGUUAUUGGUAAGUCUAUUUUCACUUUUAGUUUAGUGAAUUCUAACACAUAAUUCUUGAAUUCUCUACUAUUGGCAUGUAACGAAUUUAAAUUUUUAUAACAUAGUGCAAGUUGCCUAAAUAUGUAUUAUUUGAGAAUUGUGAAACAAAUAGUUAUAUGUAUACAAGUCAAAGAUCAACUUAAUCAGCUAUUGCUGCAACAGAAUUUUCUUAAUGGUUAUCCUCUUAAAUACACCUGCUGGUACUUGGUGUGGUUAAAUAGGAAGAUUGUUAUUAAAUAAAGAAUUUGUAUAAACCAUUGCCAAUGUUUUUGACACAUUUUACUAAAUUAUUGUUUCUGAAUUAUGUUUUAGGUUUUAUCUGUUCUGGGGGGGUUUGCUUAUCUUUCAAAACAUUCAUUUAUUGUAAUGUUUACUAGCAGACUAGUAAACAAUAAAACAUUGAUUACGUAGCUUUAUAAUUCAGGUUUAGUGCUAUUGUCAUUGAACACUGGUAUUUUCUGUAUUGUAUAGAACAUUAAAAUUCAAGUAAUUAUAAGCAUUUGACGAAAACAGAAGAGAAAAGAAAGCUGUAAUUUUAAGAGCUGAAUUUUGGAAAAGCUUUAACUUAAUAAUAGUUUUAUCACUGUUUCCUUGCCCCAGACUUAUCCAGGGUCAUAGGAGUAUGAAUCUAAUUAAUACACAAAUGGGAACUGUUGCACAGAACUAGGAAAUAACUAAUAUUUAAUCAGCUUAAUUGGCCUCUUUAUUAAAUAUAACAAUUCUUAUAAAAAUUAUAGUACCCUAUUUUCAGAGACACUUGCCAGUUUAUGCAUUUAUCAAUAUCCUAAAAUUAAAAAAAUAUUUACAGCCCCACUUACUAUUAUGUAAAUUUACCAAUAAAAUAUUUUUAUGACUACAGAUUUUGCAUUUUUGUUUGCAACUAAUAAAAGUGUUUUAUGUUGUCUUUAAAAAUCCAACUUAGAAACCACACAGUACUUAAAUUAUAGGGUCUCCCACUUUCUCUUAGCCAUUUGUUUAAUACAUAUUUACCUGUAGGAGACUUUUGAACUAUAAAUGAACUUUAAAUCAUAAUGUGGAUACAAAAUAUCACAUAAAAACAUCACGAUAGCAUUUGAAGAAAGGAAACUGUAGACUCUGACAGUUGUGAUAUUUGGUGGUUUCAUGUGGUAAUGUAAUUUUUUGUUUAAUUGCAGUACUUUUUACAGGCACUAUGGUACUGUCUUUUUGUAAGAUGCAAGUUGUGAAAUACAGUUAAUUGCAUACAGUAAAAGUCUGUGAUUAAAACAUUUAUAUACCUCAUUCUUUAGUGUUGUUAAGUGAAAGAAUUUUGUUUUUAAGAUACUUCCAGUGGAACCCCAAAUAACUGGUAUGUUCUUUUAAAACAUGAAAUUUUUAAAUUUUAUUCUUUUUCACAUGUUUCAAAUGUUUUAUAUAUAUGCAUAUAUAUUCAUUUUUUAGACGUAGUAAAAAUUGCAAGUAUUAACUGUAAUAGGGAAAAUAUUAUAAUAUUUAAAUUAGAACUACUCUUUGGAGAUACUGGGUCUUCUGAUGAUGAUUAAAUACUUUCUAGAUGUAUUUUAAAUGGACUGCAAGAGAGAAUAAUCAGAUAGCAGAUGGGAUUUUACCUGAACGGAGCACAGUCAUCUUUGUAAAUAGUAAGGAGACACUGCAGCAUGGGAAUGAAGAUGCUAACUGGUGUCUGGCAUUUUAAUCUCUUGGAGAACCUAAGUUAGCUUGAGUGAGUCACUCCAGGUCAUUUCUCCUCUGGUAUACAGGGAUAAUGAUAAUCAUGUCUAGCUCAUAGUGUUGUUGGAUUAAAUGUCAAUCCUAUACAGUUCUUAAUAAUUACCUGAUACAUACCCAAUGCUCAGUAAAGGUGAGCCUUUACUAUCUUUAUAGGUAAAAUCCCAUUUACAGAAACAUAAUGCUUUUUGGGUUUUUUUUUGGUAACAAAAAUUAUUUCCAUGCCUUCUUGCAUGACUGAAAGGAAUUGUGUUCUACAGGUUAAACUGAAUUUUUACACCAGAUGUUUGCUCUGAUCCCAGAUGAGCUAUCUUUCUAUAAUUAAAGAAUUUGAUGAUAUGCAUUAUGAGACAAGAGAAAUGAGUUGAGUUGGCUACUUUGACAUUUUGUUUUCCUUUCGUUAAUUAUAGUUACGUUUAUCUGCCUUUGUUUCACCCUACCUCAAAUACACUUCCAAACCAGGAGACAGACCCCAAUUCUAUAAAUACUUAUCUCUAAUGUUCAAGUAUGCAAAAAGAUUCAGAGCCUGGACUUAAGGUAUAUAUUUAGCUCUGUUUCAUCAGCUUACCUUGUGGUUUUAAUAGUGGAUUCUUUUAGCCAAAUUCUACACAAAAAGAGCAUUUGGAUGUUUUUCAGAGUUUAUUAGCUUAUUUUGAUAUAAGUAAGAGUGAAGAUAUAAUUUGAGGCAUACAAGAAUACAUAUUCUUAAAACCUUUUAUAUUACACAGAAAUAGUUGACUUAAUAACUUAAAGGUUUUAUUUUUAUUAAAUGCUUUCCUAAAAUUAUAGUGAUUAUAGACAAAGUGAAAACAUUUAAAAAGAAAAGACCUCAGCUUUUCUAAGUUGACAUAUUUAUUACCUUUUUUUUAGACAAAAGUCCUCAUCGCCUGACAACAUUGUAGUUUAUUCAUAGUAUAUGCAUUUAUGCUGAGUGGUCCAGAAUUUUUAGUUUCCACUGACACUCUUAUUUUACCUGUUUCCUUGGUCUGCCACUUAUCUCUUUCCUUAAAUCUUUUAAAGACUUGAAGUAGGAACUGGGCCAUUAAUAGAAACUUCUGUACUGUACUUUGAAAAUUAAGUGAAAACAGUGAACGUGUGUGUGAAGAAUAAUCACAGAGUGAUACUUUGACUUAGCACUGGCUCCUCCCUUAACCGCAGGCACCUUCAGGUGUCUGGAACAAGUGAAAUGUAGAAAAACUGAAGUGUAGAAAAGUCAACAGUGACAAAAGAGCAGAAUCGGGAGACAGCGAGGUUACAGAAUACACGAUGUGACUGAUCAUUUUGUGAAAGCAGAAGGAAAAAACAUUCCCUGGCUAUUGAGGGUGAUGAAAAAGAAUGUCCCCUAAUAACAAAGGCAAGGAAGUGUAGAAAUGGGAAAAAAUAAGGGAGGCAGAAAGAGAAAAAGCAAUAAUAGUAGGAAAAAUUAGAAAAUGGGACAUUGGAAUGCAGUUGAUGAUGGCAGAGGAGAAUCACUAGGAAGGGAGAAAAAGGACAAAUAGAAGAAUUUGUCUUGGGAAGUCUCUUGGAAGAAAUUUUAAAGCAUGAUAAAUCAUCUUCAUAAUGACGCAGUCAUUGUUCCAGUUGUGUUUACUAGAGCAGCAAUAUGUGUAAUAGCUAUAAAAUGAUUUUCUUCAAAGCCAGUUCACUUUUAGAAGCGUCAUAGAGAAGAUUUACCUUGAAUUAUAUGAACACUUUACUGUCUUGAAUGCACAACCCUGCUAGCCUGGAUAAUCUAAAUGUUGCACUUUUUAAUACGGCUUUGUAUUUAGCCAGUGCAGGUAUUCCUGCCUUUGCGGAAUGGGCCAAUUCUGGAGCAUAUGAAAUGUCAUGAUAAGACCAGGUCCAUCCAUACUAGAAAAAUCAAGUAGAGCUCUGAUAGCUUUCAGUUCUCUGGGACAUGUUUCAUGUUCUGAAUUGCUUUUCGGUGAUGAUUUCUCUCCCCUCCUUCAGUGAAAGUUGUAGGCUAUAGUAGCUGUUUUAUUGCCACACUCAGUAUUUUCCUGAUCUUGAUUUUCUUUAUGUUGGUAUUCAAUUCAAUGAACAUUUAUUGAGUUUAUUUGUGUCUUAGGCACGGGUCUGGGGGUUGGUUUCAAAGACUAAGAUGUGGAACUCUCAUACUGGAGGAGAGACCUGUAUAUAUAAUGCCAUUACUUCAACAAUAAAAAUACAGAAGUAACAGAAGGGGGAAGGCUUGCCACUUUCUUUUCCUAGAAAAUUCAGGCUUGGCCUGAGUGCCCACUGUGAGUCCACAUUGAAGAUACUAGGAUCUCACCUUGAUACUUGCAGCUGAUAAUGUUGGGUGUUAACCAGUAACUUUAGCCAGCUACCAUUUCAUCACCCUAGCUUGGAUUUUCAGAAGUUAGACCUUAAGCCAUGUAAUGUGAGAUUAUUAUUUUCCCGUUCUAAUUUUUAAAAGUCAGUAAACCAUUGAAUAAGAUCUCCUGUUGCCUUUUUGUGAGGAUAUUGAGGAAACAUUACAUCUCUCAGAAUCUAAAUGAGAAAUUUUAUUCAGACCUGUUUCAGGAAGAGCUUUACUUCAACCUGAGAAAUCAAUUUGCAUGUUUCUUAUGAAUAAUGCAAAUCACUGACUGUUUUCCAGUGUUUGCUAUAGUUGUGAGAAAUCUCAGAUUAAAAUCAGGCCUACUUUUAAUAAUUAGGUAGAACUCAAUCAUCUGUGUAUUUGUAUUCUGACUUGUUAUUUUUGAUCCAACUAUAUUUUUCUAGAUUACAAUUUUCAUCUACGUAACCUUUUUCCUUGUGUUCUAAAGUUCCUUAAAUCUCUUCUGUAAAUAAGGCUAAAUAGUAAUACUUAAAAAAAAAAAAAACUCAAAAAAGCUGCUUAAUUUUAGUUGUGAGGAGAAGCUACCAUGUGAAAUUUUCAGGGCAAGUAUCCAGUAAAAUGCAUCCAACUGAAA